AUGUGCCUCAGCAACUGGCAAGUGCUGCGUUCUGGCAUGCACAUGCACCUGAUUUAUGCUUGGAAGGCGCAGGUUGCCAACUCAUUCUUCUUCCUCGGCUACGGCCUCGGUUCUGGCGUAUUUGGCACACUGUCGGACCGUCUCGGCCGCAAGGCCUGCCUUUUCAGCGCGGCGACGAUCAGCGCCGUGUUUGCUGCCGCCGGCUCCGGCUGCACCAGCUACUGGCCAUGGCUGGUGAUGCGCGCCCUGGCUGGUGUGGGGGCGUCGGGCACGGGACUGGGGGCGUACGUGCUGGCAACAGAGGCGAUCGGCGCGCGGUGGAGGGGUGCGCGGGUGGAGGUGGAGGUGUUCUUCAUUGCGGGCGAGUUCCUGCUGGUGCUGGUCUCGGUCGUGUUCCCCGCCUGGCGCGCGCAGGCCGCGGCGGCGGCCGUGCUGACGGGCGCGCUGCUGCUCCUGUGGCCGGUGCUGCCCGAGUCCGGGCGCUGGCUGCUGGCGCACGGCCGCAAGGACGAGGCCAUGAAGGUGCUGGAGUGCCUGGCGCGCAGGAACGGCACGCGCGCCCCAGACCAACCGCUCGCCGACAUCAACCCAAAUGGCGGAGGGGGCGCGGGCGGCGGUAGCCAGCCGCUGACGCUGGGCGCCGCGCUGCGUGAUUGGCACAUUGCGCGGAGGUUCCUGGUCCUGUCCUUCUCCUGGAUGGUCAUGUGCAUGGCCUACUAUGGCAUCUCCUUCGCCCUGUCCAGCCUGGGCGGCAGCCUGCGCACGUCCUUCAUGCUCAGCUCGAUCGCGGAGCUGCCCUCGUACCUCGUCGCCGCCUGGGCCAUCGGGGCCUUCGGCCGCCACAACACGAUGGCGGCCAUGCUCCUCGCCGGCGGCGGCGCGUGCGCGGGCUGCGCGUUCGUGCCGGCGGGCGGCGCGCGUGUCGGGCUCGCGGCGGUCGGCAAGUUUGGCAUAUCGGGCGCGUUCUCUGUCGCGUCCAUCUACACAAGCGAGCUGUUCCCGACGCUCAUCCGCACGUCCGUCCUGGGGGCCGAGAACCAGGCGGCGCGCGUGGGGGCGAUCGUGGCGCCCUUCAUCAUCAUGGCGGGCGACCGCUUUGACAACCCGGGGCUGGUGCCGUUCCUGACGAUGGGCUGCGCGGCGCUGCUGGCGGGGCUGCUGAUCUUCACGCUGCCGGAGACGCUGGGGACGCCGCUGCCGGACACGAUGGAGGACAUGGGCGUCAUCGCAUCCAUCUUCACAAACAAGACGUUCGAGAGGAAAGGCUUCAGGGCGGCCGCUACCAGCAUGUUCAAGACCCGCGUCAAGCUCCCUGCUGGUCCGGGCGCAGCCUCACGGGCGCCAGACGGCGCCGGCGCGGCGCCGGCGCAGCCGCGCGGCGCGGCGGACGCAGCAGGGCGCUCGUGGCGGUGGCUGCGCCCGGCGGGGCGCAGCGGCGAGGCGAAGGGGGUGAAGGAGGGUGCGACCAGCAUUUGGGAGGAGGACGAGGCGGGCCCGGUGGGCAAUGAUGACGUCAGCGUGAGCGUGAGCCUCAGGAUGCCGCCCGCCGCGGCGUUCCCUGAAGGCCGCGCGUGCUCCCAGCCGAGCGGCGAUUGUGAUGGCAGCACCGGCGGCGGCCCGUCGCUGAUGCCUGCCGGCGGCGGCGGCGGCGACGGCGCUGCAUCCGCGGCCGACGGCGCUGCGCCAGUCUGA